CCCCCUCCGUAGGUGGUGUUUUGAGCCGAGAGUCGCCUGGGGGAUGGGAGCGACUUGGGUUCGAAUCUCCGCCUUGGCUCUUCCUUCUUAAGUCUUCUCCGUGCCUCAGCUUCCUCCUCUGUAAAAUGGGCUCUUGUGGCAUUGAGUGCAAACGUCGCCCUUCCGUACUGCCCUUGUCCAUUAACGAUUUUCGGAUCAGCAGGCAUGAGUUCCGGUCCUGGCGCCUGAGAGAAGGGCGCUCCCAAGGAGAGGGAGGGGGCAUUCUGACAGUUACAGCAGUCCACAGAGAAUCUAUUAAGUGCUUGCUGUAUACGGGAUGGAGCAUUUAUUAAACACCCACAGUAUACCAGGCAAUGUCCUGAGAGAUGGGGCGGGCUGGUGUUUGCACCGGAAAACCGAAUAGUGCCUUCUCUCCUUGGGGGACCCUCAUGGCUCUCAAGGCCCGGCCCCCUUCCUAUCUUUUGUGGCGUUUAUCCGUGAGUAUCCUUCAGCCGCAGAGGACCCUCUCUGCGCGUCCACACUCCAGCCCUUUUCCCCCGGGCAUUGCCCAGUCUCCCUUCUCGGAGAGAGUCUUAGCUUUGAUUUGAGUCUCGGCUUCCUCAGCCCCUCCCCCGGUCACUUCAUGCUCGUGCCUAGUUAUUUGCAUCCGGUCCCCCCUGCUGGAAGGAGAGCUUCCUGGCUUACUUUCUCCAUCUGGAAUUUGAUGCAAAGGGGCUAAAAUGUCCGGGCCGUGUGACCCAGAGGUUCCAUUGAAAGGUUUACAUCCCAAGGAAGGUCCCGACAAACACCCAGCUGGAACCUUACAUGGACGAGAACUUUAUCUCGAGAGCCUUUGCCACCAUGGGAGAGACCGUGCUGAGUGUGAAAAUCAUCCGCAACCGGCUCACUGGGAUCCCUGCUGGCUACUGCUUUGUGGAGUUUGCCGAUCUGGCCACUGCUGAGAAGUGUUUGCAUAAAAUAAAUGGAAAACCCCUCCCCGGAGCCACACCAGCAAAACGCUUUAAACUGAACUACGCCACUUAUGGGAAACAACCCGAUAACAGCCCCGAGUACUCACUCUUUGUGAGGGACCUCAGCCCAGACGUGGAUGAUGGCAUGCUCUACGAAUUCUUUGUUAAAGUUUACCCCUCGUGUCGAGGAGGCAAGGUGGUCCUGGACCAGGCAGGAAUCUCUAAGGGUUAUGGUUUCGUGAAAUUCACAGAUGAGCUGGAACAGAAACGGGCCCUGACUGAGUGCCAAGGGGCAGUGGGGCUGGGCUCGAAGCCAGUGCGCCUGAGCGUGGCUAUUCCCAAAGCGAACAGAGUGAAGCCUCUGGAGUACAGCCAGAUGUACAGCUACAGCCUCAACCAGUAUUACCAGCAGUACCAGAACUACUACGCACAGUGGGGCUAUGACCAGAACACAGGCAGCUACAGCUACAGCUAUCCCCAGUACGGCUACACCCAGAGCACCAUGCAGACAUACGAAGAAGUCGGUGACGAUGCAUUAGAAGACCCAACACCCCAGCUGGACGUGAAUGAAGCCAACAGGGAAUUCAUGGAACAGAGUGAAGAGCUCUAUGAUGCCAUGAUGAACUGUCACUGGCAGCCUUUGGACACUGUGUCAUCAGAGAUCCCUCCUGUGAUGUAACCUGGCUGAGCCCACAGCUCAGCCCUUCUGCAAGGACUAUGGGAAGAGGAGGGCCAUGAGGAACAUUGAAAACUUUUAACCUUUUUGAAAUGUAAUUUAUAUAGUUUUUAAUAAUUAAAUAUUUCCUCAAAUAGCA